UUUGAAGGUCGUUCUAAGGAGAUAACUGUCAAAACAAGCCGAUAACAUUUGAAACUCUGUGUUUUGAGUAAUCUUCUCAUUAAAAUUAUUUAAAUUACGUGCUUACGUUUUUUAAUUUUAUUGUAAGAAUUACUGAAGCAAAGGGUUUUUUGUUUUGGUAACGUCAUAAUUGAUGUAUUUUAAGCAAUAAGAACUAGGAAUUUAAUCGAGUAGAGGCAGAUGGCGAUCGAGCGCUGCGCUGCGGCCGCGGGCGGCGAGCGGCCCUCCGGCGCCGCGCCCGCCGCCGACUGCGCGCCGCCGCAGUUCACGCACACGCGCCUGCUCACGCUGGAGCACGGCGAGCACCACGACUCCACGCUCUAUCGGUUUCAAAAAGGCUGCUAUUUACAAUUCUGCCCCGGUCCUUCUUUACUGGGUCGAAAAGUAUUUCUCUAUACUAAUUAUGUGAUGUCUGAUAACCAGGAUGAUAAGCAAAUCGAGCAAGCAGAGUUUAUUCGCAAUCAAUAUUACGGGCUGGAGUGGUACCGUGCCAGCGAGGAGGACGAGUCGCCGGCGCCGCUGGGCACGGGGCUGCUGGUCACGGACACCGACUACUACUGUCAGCUACGGCUCUCGCGCGCCGGCUCCUUCCACUACUACUUUGUGUACGACAAUGCGGAGUCGCCGGUGGGUCCGCAGGGCUCGGGCUGGUUCCACGUGGCGCCGGAGCUGCGCGCGGGCCCCGGCGGCCGCGACCUGCUGCCGCUGGACGCCGUCAUGUGCCAGACCGUGCUGGCCAAGUGCCUGGGCCCGCUGCCGCGCUGGGAGCGCGUGCUGCGCGUUGCCAAGGAGUCCGGCUACAACAUGAUCCACUUCACGCCCGUGCAGGAGCUCGGCGCUUCUAACUCCAGCUACAGUAUCGCUAAUCAGCUGCGACUCAAUCCGCUAUUCAGUGUGGACGCGGGUCGCGAAGCUACCUUCGCCGACGUAGAAAACAUCGUCUCCAAAAUGCGAACUGACUGGAAGAUGCUGUCCAUUUGCGACAUCGUAUUGAACCACACGGCAAACGAGACGCCGUGGCUGUCGGAACACCCCGAGGCGACAUACAACUGCAGCAACUGCCCGCACCUGCGGCCGGCCGCGCUGCUGGACGCGCUGUUGGCGCGCCUCACGGCGGACGUGGCGCGCGGCGACCACGAGGCGCGCGGAGUGCCGCGCCGCGUGACCGCGCACGAGCACCUGGAGGCCAUCAAGCACCUGCUGCUGACGCAGCUGUUGCCGGAGGCGCGGCUGCACGAGAUGUACAUGUGCAACGCGGCCGAGCUGGUGCAGGAGUUCUACUACAUGGCCCGCAACAAGGUGCCGGCGCCGGGCGCGGCGGCGGCGGACGCGGCCGAGCUGCGCCUGCUGCCCGACCCGCAGCACCGCCGCCUGCGAGCCACCAUCGACAUGGACCUCGCUCUGCAGCUCUACAACGUCUACAGAGCAGAGUGCUAUGACGAAGAGACUCGGCUCAAAAAAUGCUGCGAGGAGAUGAAAAGGAAGCUAGAGCAACUUAACGAGGCCGCAGCAGAGACAUUACGCGAGCAUCUGCGCUCCGCCGUCGACAAUGUAAUAGCCGGCAUGAGAUACUUCCGCCUGCAGUCAGAUGGACCAAAGAUAGAGGAAGUGAGCGCAAAGAACCCACUCGUGCCGAGGUACUUCACAUGGGCGUGUCCCGUGGAGAGCAGCUCGCUGGCCGAGGUGGAGGCCGUACUGUACUCGGAGUCGGGCCGCCUGUGCAUGGCGCACAACGGCUGGGUCAUGGACGCCGACCCGCUGCAGGACUUCGCCGCCAAGGCCGCGGCCGCGCGCGUCUACCUGCGCCGCGAGCUCAUCGCCUGGGGCGACAGCGUCAAGCUGCGGUACGGUGACAAGCCCGAGGACAGCCCCUUCCUGUGGGCGCACAUGCGCGAGUACGUGGAGCUCACGGCCGAAGUCUUCGAUGGUGUACGACUCGAUAACUGCCACUCUACCCCAUUGCACGUCGCAGAGUACAUGUUGGACUGCGCGCGUAACGUAAAACCGGACCUGUACGUAGUGGCCGAACUGUUCACCAACUCGGACCACGUGGAUAACAUUUUCGUCAACCGCCUGGGCAUCACGUCGCUCAUUCGCGAGGCGGAGAGCGCGUGGGAGGCGCAGGAGCUGGGGCGGCUGGUGCACCGCUUCGGCGGGCGCGCGGUGGGCAGCUUCCUGCGGGGCCCGCGCCGCGCCGCCGCGCCGCGCGUGGCGCACGCCAUGCUGCUGGACCUGACGCACGACAACCCGUCCCCGCUGGAGCGGCGCGGCGUGUUCCACGUGCUGCCGGCCGCCGCGCUGGUGGCGCUGGCGCGCUGCGCCACGGGCAGCACGCGCGGCCUGGACGAGCUGGUGCCGCACCAUGUGCACGUGGUGGACGAGGCGCGCCUCUACCCCGAGUGGGCCGACCCCGCCCCCGCCCCCGCCGCCGCCGCCGCCGACGCGCAGGAGCCGCGCGUCGGGCCCGACACCGGCAUCGUGGCCGCCAAGCGCCUGCUCAACGAGUUGCAUUUCCAGCUCGCCGCCGACGGAUACGACGAGGUAUAUGUCGACCAAAUGGAUACAGACGUAGUCGCAGUUACGAGACACGAGCCGCGGUCCAGAAAGUCGGUGAUUCUGGUGGCAUUUACGGCGUUCAACCCGCCUGAUCAGAAUUCGAGCGGACGAUACGUGAAACCUCUGCGAUUCGAGGGACAACUCGAAGAAAUUCUGUUCGAAGCUUGCUUACGGCACGUGGACCAUCGGUCGGAGGGCAGCCCGCUGCGGCCGCCCGGGCCGUUCUCGCGGCACGCGCGCUACAUCACGGGGCUGUCGCAGUACGAGUGCGAGGUGCGGCGCGCGCCGGCGCUGGGCGCGUCCGGCGUGUUCGCGAGCGCGCGCAGCGAGGGCGCCCACAGCGUGCUGGAGUUCCGCGCGCUGCUGCCCGGCAGCGUGGUGGCGCUGCGCGUGGCGCCGCGCGAGCCGCAGCGGGCCGCGCUGCAGGCGCUGCAGGCGCGCGUGGACGCGCUGCACCGCGCCCCGCUCGCCGACCCGCUGGGCCUGCGCCCCGCGCUCGCCGACCUCGACCUGGCCGACUUCAACGCGCUGCUGUUCCGCUGCGACGCCGAGGAGCGCGAGGCGGGCGGCGGCGGCGCCUACGACGUGCCCGGCUGGGGCCCGCUGCCCUACGCGGGGCUGCAGGGCGCGGCCUCGCUGCUGGCCUCGCUGACGCCGGGCGACGCGCUGGGCCACCCGCUGUGCGACAACCUGCGCGCGGGCGACUGGCUGGUGGAGUACGCGUGGCGGCGGCUGGAGCGCGAGCCGCGGCUGGCGGGCGUGGCGGCGCGCUACCGCGAGCUGCUGGCGCCGCUGACGGAGCUGCCGCGCUUCCUGGUGCCCGCGUACUACGCGGCGCUGACGCUGGGGCUGUACCGCGGCGUGGCGGGCGCGGCGCUGGCGCAGCUGGCGGGCUGGGCGCGCGGCGCCGCCUUCCCGCGCGCGCUGGCGCUGACGAGCGUGCAGCUGCUGGGCGCGCUGGGCUCGGCGCCGCUGCCGCCGCAGUCGCCGGCGCUGCCGCCGCCGCGGCCCUCGCGCUCCGUGUCGCUGUCGGCGGGGCUGCCGCACUUCGCGGUGGGCUACAUGCGCUGCUGGGGCCGCGACACGUUCGUGGCGCUGCGCGGCCUGAUGCUGCUGACGGGCCGCUACCAGGAUGCACGCUUUCACAUCCUCGGCUUCGCGGCCUGUCUUCGCCACGGCCUGAUUCCGAAUUUGCUCGACGGCGGUCGCAACGCUCGGUACAACUGUCGAGAUGCCGUAUGGUGGUGGCUUCAGAGCAUCAAGCAGUAUUGCACUGAAGCGCCGCAAGGUACGGCGCUGUUGACGGAGCCAGUAUCGCGCCUGUUCCCCAAGGACGACUCGGAAGCGGCGCCGCCGGGCGCGGCCGACCAGCCGCUACACGACGUGGUACAGGAAGCUCUGGACGUGCACUUCCAGGGCUUGGUGUUCCGCGAACGUAACGCCGGUCGCACCAUCGACGCUCACAUGUCCGACAAAGGCUUCAACGUGCAGAUCGGAAUCGAUCCUGAAACCGGCUUUCCGUUCGGUGGAAACGAUGCAAACUGCGGUACCUGGAUGGACAAGAUGGGUUCGUCGGAGCCUGCGGGCAACCGCGGCAAGCCCGCCACGCCGCGCGACGGCAGCGCCGUGGAGCUGGUGGGGCUCGCCUACAGCGUGGUGAGCUGGCUGGCCUCACAACACCGCGCCGCGCGAUACCCCUACCCCGGCGUCGUGCGCCGCCACCGCGACGGCAGCCUCACGUCCUGGACCUUCGCGCAGUGGGCCGAGCGCAUCCGCCAGAACUUCGAACGCUACUUCUGGAUCCCGCCCGCGCCGUCCGCCGCCGACCUGCGGCCCGACCUCGUACACCGCCGCGGCAUCUACAAGGAUAGCCACGGCGCUUCGCGCCCCUGGGCGGACUAUCAGCUGCGGUGCAACUUUCCCAUCGCUAUGGCCGUCGCUCCCGAGCUGUUCGAGCCCAAGCACGCUUGGAUCGCGUUGGACGCCGUGGAGCGGUUGCUCCUGGGUCCGCUCGGGGUCAAGACUCUGGAUCCCGCCGACUGGGCCUACCGCGGCGACUACGAUAACUCCAACAAUAGCGACGACCCGAGCGUGGCGCACGGGUUCAACUACCACCAGGGACCCGAGUGGCUGUGGCCGCUGGGCUUCUACCUGCGGGCCCGCCUCGCCUUCGCGCACGACUGCGGGAAACACGCGCGCACCGUGGCCGCCGCCUACGCCGCGCUGGCGCCCGCACUGGCCGAGCUGCGCACGUCGCCCUGGCGCGGCCUGCCCGAGCUCAGCAACGCGGGCGGCGCCUACUGCGCGGACUCCUGCCGCACGCAGGCCUGGAGCUCGGCCGUCGUGCUGGAGGCCCUGCACGAGCUGGAGGCGGCGCGGCGCGCGCGCCCGCUGGCCGCCGACUGACGCGCGCGCCC